AUGCCGCCUACUAAUUGUAUUCCUUACUGCGGCUCAAUAUGUGAUCAGAUGUGCAAGGCCAGAUACGAUGCUGCGGUCAGGCAAUGCGAUGGAUAUAGGCCCGAGGUCAUCUAUAAGGAUUGCUUUGAGCGCUGCAGCAGUCAGUGCAACGGCAACUCCGCCUAUGCACGUGGUUCCUGCAACCUGGGUUCCUGUUCUGCUAGUAGCUGUGGCUGCCCCUGUGCCCGCAGUUGCUGCGAAUCCUGCACUGCCUCUGCUAACUAUCCGUACGGCAUGUACGGCAUGUGCAUGAAGGGUAAGGAUAGGGUCUAUGGGAACUGCAUGAACCCCUGCAUGACUGACUGCAACAACAAAUGCGUCAACGGUUCACUUCCAUAUACGCCGUAA